AGUGCCUCGUUUCCCUCGCGUGGUCGUGGCCGAGAUCCAACCAUCAACCCGGACGCGCAAUACAUACCACUCGCGGACGAGCCAAGAUGGAAUUAUGCAUGGACCAAGCCCACACCCAACAUACAGAGACGGUCCAAUACGCUUCGUCUAUGACGCAUCCAGUACCGUCCCGGCAAAGGUGAUGCGGAGAGCCGUCAACCCAUGCUGAAAUUGUGGCUUUCGCGCUGCGGCUGAGACGGAGACGCCGCCAGUCAGCGGUCAACUUUGAACCGCUCUUGGGAUAAAUAUUGCGCCGAGUCCCAGUCAGUUGCCGUGAGCACACGUUGUGUCAGGACAGCCUUGCCCCUAUUCUCCCAUCUUUAAUACACUCUUUAUUGGGCACCAUGCUACCCUUUUCGCUCGCCUUGUUCGCCAUAUACGCGGCUGCCGAAUUCACACCGUCUGUUCGGUCCGGCCACGGCAACAAUGGGGAUCUGACCUGCAAGGCCGUGCCCGGAACGCCCGAGUGGCCACCACAACACAGCUGGGCCCAUCUCAAUGAGACAGUGGCCGGUAGACUACUCCAACCGCCUCCUCCGGGAGCCAUCUGUCAUCCGGAGCAUGCCUCCUACAAUGCUACCACGUGUCCCGCCCUCCGCGCAGCCUGGUCAACGUACGAGUUCCACCAGGCCGACCCGAUCUCCAUGGACGGGAAUCAAUGGACGAAUGACUCCUGCCUUCCGCAAGAAGGUGCUCCUUGCAGUGGCGCCGGGUACCCUGUAUUCGUUAUCAACGCAACAACAGCCCACCAUGUCCAGCAGGGUGUCAAAUUUGCCAAAAAACACAACGUCAGACUAGUUGUUAAGAGUUCCGGUCAUGACUUCCUCGGCCGUUCAAAUGCCCCCAAUACCCUAUCUAUUUGGACACGUAACCUGAGAGGGGUCAAAGUGCACGACUCCUUCCGACCUAGCUGUUGCAAAGCGGGCGUUAAUGCAACCGCACAUGCGGUUACAGCUGGCGCCGGUAUGCAGAUGUGGGAUCUCUACAGCGCGCUCGACCCCCUGAACCUGACCAUUGUCGGCGGUGGAGGAAAGACUGUGUCACUAGGUGGCUACUUGACUGGUGGGGGUCACAGUUUGCUCUCGUCGUGGUACGGCCUGGCUGCAGAUCAGGUCCUCGAAAUGGAGCUGGUAACCCCCAAUGGAGAGAUCGUGAUUGCCAACGAGUGCAAGAACAAAGACCUGUUCUGGGCCAUGCGCGGCGGUGGUGGCUCGACCUUCGGCAUCAUGACCUCGGUCACAAUGAAGACUAUCCCUACUCCCAAACUCGAGUACCUUACCCUUACAAUGCUUACCCAGAACAUCUCCAGCCCACGCCCUAUCUACGAGGCCGCCGCCUACGUCCUUAGCAAAUUUCCCUCGAUGAGCGAUCAGGGCCUGGCAAGCUACACCUUCUUCUUCCCGCCCACCCGCGAUCCCUUGGGCGGUACCGACACUAUCUUGGGGGCUCUGGUUACCGGCGCCACUCUCCAGAACAGUUCCCCGGAGGAGAUGCACCGGCUAUGGGACCCUGUGAUAGCACACGUCAACCGCACGUGGCCCGGUGUCUUCAGCAUAGCCUACCAGCCCAAGACGUACCCGUCACUGCUUGCGUGGUUCCGGGAGAACUACGACACAAGCCAGGCUGGGCUCAACAUCUAUUCGGGCUCGAGACUGCUGGACAAGGCCGCGCUGACAGGAAACAUCACCGAGAGUGCUAUUGCCUAUGGGAAGUUCGUUAAUGGCACCAUUGGUAUCGCACAUUUGGUUUCUGGAAAGGGUGUGCAUAACGCCCGGCCCAGAGGUGGCGGAAAUGCCGUGCUACCUGCCUGGAGAAACUCUUAUGUUCAUUUGACGACUAGUACGAGUGUUCCGCCGUUAGACCCUGCAGCUGCGAUGACCGUGCGGAAGCAGAUAAAAGAACGUGUGGAUGCCUUGAGGAAACUGGCACCUAACACGGGGGCAUACAUCAACGAGGCAAAUUUUGAAGAACCGAACUUUCAACACGAGUUUUGGGGUUCCAACUACGAACGACUACUGCGUAUCAAGCGAACCAUGGACCCAGAAGAUGUCCUCUGGUGCACUCCUUGCGUAGGCAACGAGCGCUGGGAGCAGGUAGGAGACCGUCUGUGCCGUAUCAACGGAGCGUAAUAGUGCACUCUUUGUGGGUAUGCCGGUAGUCAUGGGCCUCCCUUCCUUCAUAUGGGCUUGGAGACCAGAACAACGUGUUUCCCGUGUGCCCGCGUACUGCAUGAAGCCGUGGGCGCCAGUCUUGUUAUUGUAUUCCAAAAAGCUGCCAGGGGAUGGGUUCCCACUGCGUGGGUCGUACGCAUUAAUUCGAUUUCCCUGACUCGGUUUUCCCAGAACGGAAUGACAGCUCCUCGCUCUUCCCCGGGGCGCGUGGACCCCACGGGGCCGACAACCAAGCCCGUGGACGUGCUAAACAAGGAUGACGUCAAGCUCAACGCAUUCAAACUCAGUCAUGAUCUGUUCGUUGGACGUGAG